UUUAGAAACUAUGCAAUUUUGUGCUGGAGGAAAAAUGGAAGCCACAAUAACCAACGGAAGCUGAUGACCAUAGAUGGUUAUCUGACAAAACAAGGCAACCAAAAAUCUUGGAAGCCUCGAGUAUCCAAUACACAUAAUAUAUAUGUGAUUUUGAUUCAGACGACUGACACAAUUGUGGCACACUUCGUUUAAUUUCUAUGGCGAUUCUUCAGGCAUGGUUCAUGGAUAAUAGCCAUGAGGAUCCACAGCUUCCUCAUCAUCGCAAUCCCUAUGAGUUCGUCUCCCCGGAUCACUUAGCAGAAUUGGGCGUUUUGCACUGGAAGCUAAAUCCAGAAAAGUACGAGGAGGAUGAAGAAUUAGAACACAUUAGGGCUACCAGAGGCUACAAUUACAUGGAUUUGCUGGAUUUGUGCCCUGAGAAAGUGGAGAAUUACGAGCAAAAGCUGAAGAACUUCUAUACAGAACACAUUCAUGCAGAUGAAGAAAUACGUUACUGCUUGGAAGGGAGUGGGUAUUUUGAUGUUAGGGAUAAAGAUGAUCGCUGGAUUCGUAUUUGGAUAAAGGCUGGUGAUCUUAUCAUCUUGCCUGCAGGAAUAUACCAUCGCUUCACCCUCGACACCUCCAAUUACAUCAAGUUGAUGAGGUUAUUUGUUGGAGAGCCAGUAUGGACUGCAUUCAAUAGGCCACAAGAAGAGCAUCCAGCUAGGAGAAAGUACAUUGUUAACUUUGGUGAAAAGAUCGGGAUGCCACUUGAAGCUCAUUGAUCACUAUGGUUAGUACUUCAUGUAUCUAAAUAAAUCGGGAGUUGUUGAUAUAGCUAAAGGCCAUAUAUAUGUAUUUGGAGGUCGAAUUCUAAUAUGCUAUGUGGUAUUUGAAACUUGAUUGUGAAAUAA